AUGGCUGAAGAUAAAAUUUUAGUUGAUGGGAAUUUAUCAACAUUUACUGCUAUCAGGCCCAACAGUACAAUUGAAGAUUUGAAUUUACUCGACUCAUUGCUAAAAAACUACGAUAGAAGGGCACUGCCAACGAGCCAUCUUGGGACACCAACGGAAGUGUUUUGCGAAAUGUAUAUAAGAAGCUUCGGAUCAAUCAACCCAUCAACAAUGGAUUACGAAGUUGACUUGUACUUGAGGCAAAAGUGGCAAGAUGAGAGGCUUAAAAAACCCGAGAUGUCACGGCCACUUGAUCUCAACGAUCCUAAGUUAGUUCAACGAAUUUGGAAGCCAGAAGUGUUUUUUGCCAACGCAAAACAUGCAGAAUUCCAAUACGUGACUGUACCAAACGUAUUAGUUCGAAUUACACCCACUGGACAUCUUCUGUACAUGCUAAGGUUGAAAUUAACAUUUUCCUGUAUGAUGGACCUCUAUCGAUUUCCCUUGGAUUCGCAAGUUUGCACUAUUGAACUGGCUUCAUUUUCCAAGACCACUAGUGAGCUGAAUUUGAAAUGGUCAGAAGAAAAUCCUGUAAACUUGUUCGAAAAACUGAAACUUCCCCAGUUUGUAAUAAAUAGCGUCAACACAUCUAUUUGCAGUGAAAAGUUUCACAUCGGUGAAUACAGUUGCUUGAUAGCUGAGUUCCAUCUGCAGCGCUCAAUUGGCUACCAUCUUGUACAGUCAUAUUUGCCGACUGUUCUCAUAGUUGUCAUUUCAUGGGUCUCCUUCUGGUUGGAUGUGGAAGCAAUACCUGCUCGUAUUACUCUGGGAGUUACAACUUUGCUCACAAUAUCCUCAAAAAGCUCUGGAAUCCAAAGUAGCUUGCCGCCUGUUUCAUAUGUGAAGGCUAUUGAUGUUUGGAUGGGAGCGUGCACCACUUUUGUCUUCACUGCAUUGCUGGAGUUUACUUUCGUCAACUACUUGUGGCGCAAAAGAGGGACAACACCUCCUAACAUCAAAGUGGCUGAUGAAAACAUAUCACUCAGAAUGUACGAAGAUAAGGAGGAGUGCAAUGGAACCAAAAAAAACUUGAAACUGGAAUCUGAGGAUGAUGAACCAGCAAUGUCCAAGAAUAACCCGAAAGCAAUGAUGUAUCUAGGUACCCACAAGAUAUCCGCAAAGCGUAUUGAUCAAGUUUGCCGCAUUGGAUUCCCAAUUCUGUUUUUGGUCUUCAACAUCUGCUACUGGCCCUAUUACCUUAUAGUUCCCUAA